AUGAUACCGUGGCUACUACUGUACCUAUUCGGUGCAGUCCAUUCAGAUCUCCAUAAAUUAUUAUCCACACUUCCUCAGUACAGUGACUCACGGAUACCUCCAAUUUUAAGACCUCUCUCGUAUGACUUACAGUUGCAGUUGCCAUUAUCUGAGGUAUCAGAUCCAGAUAUUCCUCUAUUCACUGGCCGAUGUGUAAUGCAGUUUGAAAUCAAUCAACAAAUCGGUCCAGAAUCUGCAAAAAAAAUAUUUCAGUUUGAUAUCAUAAUGUUGGACCAUUUUGAAAAUGUUUCAUUGGUUUAUAACGGCAACGAAUUGGAGAUAUUCAAUGUUCAGUUGACUGAUGAUUCAAUGGAAUUAUCUGUAGAUCAGCCAGUUUUGUUUCCGGGAAGGUACACAAUGACAAUUCAUAGAUAUAAAGGAUUAAUUGGAAGUGCUUUAUAUUACAGGUAUGAAUAUUUUAAAUUAUGUACAAAUGAUUCGGAGGGUACACAAAUUUUUCGGGUCAUUUGGGUGCAAAAUUUUCAAUUCAAUUUUGUACCCCCGAAUGGUUAUGCUCUCCGAAUUUUAGACGCUGGAGAGCAUGCUGUAUUUGGGUCUCAUUUAUUCCCGAAUAGAGCUCCCGCAGUGUUUCCAACAUAUCUGGGAACAACUGAAAAGGUUACAUUCUCUAUAACUAUGGUUCAUCCAAUUGGAACCAACGCGUUGACUUCUGGAGCUAGUGAAGCAUAUCCAAGGAAAAUGGAUGAUAAUUGGCAGAUGACAACUUUCUCUACAACGCCAUCCAUCACACCUUCAAUGCUCUGUUUCCUUCUCCUCCCACACGAAUAUACUCAUAUUGAAUCCUCUUUCACCGGUAUCAACAUCACCGUUCACUAUAACAAAUUCCGUGUUCAAAAGGAGCAAGCCAAGCAUUUAUUGCAUACCUCCACUCAGGUUUUGGCUUUGUUAAAAGAUAUAUUUUCUUCGCUGAUUCCUGUUCCAAAAAUCGACAUAGUCACUAUGAAUGAGGUCUCUUCUACGGCUUGUUUUGGAGCUGUUGUUGUUUCUGAAGUUCAAUUCUUCUCUUCCGACUAUGCAAAUCAGGUCCGUCUACUUGCCACGUGGCUUGCCAAACAAUGGAUUGGAGGAUACGCAGCGAUUUCAGAAGGAACGGAAUUGUGUCUUCAGGAAGAUUUAGUUAGCUAUAUAGCGGAGAAAGUGAUUAAAAGAAUGACAAAUGAUGAGCAUACCAGACUGGGACAAUUAGCUAAAAUUUAUCUAUCGGAAACUGUUUUUCUUCCCGGGGAAACUUUGAAAUUGGAUGAGUAUCCGAAUGAAAUGGAAAUUAGUGAAAAAUGCGGAUUGAAAGGAGUUGCAAUGUUGGAAUCUAUCGAAUUUCUAAUUGGAGAGAAGACGAUGAUUUCGAAAAUCAACGAGAUGAUUUAUAAUUCAAAGAAAGGAGCAUACAGUUCGGAGACGUUGUAUGGGCUAUUGAAUAGUACUGUGGAUGCGGAUAUUUAUGUUUCACAGCUCCUUCACUACUGGCGAGGACAUGGUGGUCUUCCUUUUAUGACUGUUGAUCGACUCGGAAAUUCCAUAAAAAUCACUCAAAAUGGGUCGAAUAUGACAGUGAAAAACGAAAUGGGAACAUGGGAACGCAUGCCGUUAUGGCCACUUCCAUUGAAAUUUACCGAAUUCAAACUGCCAAUUCAAAUAAUGAUUAGCCAUGGAAUUCAAUUAUCUCCAGUUCGCGAAGGAAUGAUUUUCUCAAAUUUGGGUUUUCCUAAUUACUAUCGAGUUAAUUACGAUAUUGACACGUGGCGAGAGAUCAAGACUAUACUGACUGAAAAUGCGACGUCUUAUACGCUAAGAGAGCGGUUUCAGCUGGUUUCAGACUUUUGUUACUUCUAUUCUAUCAAAUCUCUUCCUGAACCUGCUGCAUCAGUGCUUCGAAACGAAUUCGUACAGUUGGUCCGCCUACGACCAACGUCUUUCCCAAUAUGUGACGCUGCGAUCUUCCAGUGCGUUGUUACUCACGAACACACCCGACCGAAGCAUUUGGAUAAGAGCCAGAUGAUUCAGAUGCGACGGAAAGUGUUCGAUUCGUUCACCAAUUCGUCCGAAAUGGAGUGUCGUUCCGGACUUGCUCAUGAUGCUCUCAAUGAUCUUUGUACAAAGCUUUAUGGUAUCUCAUGCUUAUAG